AUGGCCAAUAUUGUUGGCUUGGAUUUUCCAGCACACGUGUGGGGCGGAGUGUGCCUGGUGCUUGUACUGGCAGGUGUGGCGGGCGUGGGCGUGUCUCUGCCCAUAGCUCUCAGGGUCGACUCAAGUGCUGGACUCCAGCAGAGGCUGGACACGGCUAAGGCUCUCCUCAAGGACUCACCAUUAAUAGAUGGCCACAACGACCUGCCGUGGAACAUCAGGAAGUUCAUGCACAACAAACUUCACAGCUUCAACUUCACCGCCCACCUCCAGACACUGCGCCCGUGGUCACGGUCCUCCUGGUCCCACACUGACUUGCCCAGACUACGGCAGGGUAUGGUGGGUGCACAGUUCUGGGCGUCGUACGUGCCGUGUGAGGCACAGAGACUCAACGCCGUGCAGCUCACCAUAGAACAGAUUGACCUCAUCAAGCGCCUCAUCGACCAGUACCCUGAUGACCUCCGCCUCGCCACCUCCGCUGAUGAGCUGGAGAAAGCUUUCAAAGAGGGUCGCAUUGCCAGUCUGAUUGGCGUCGAGGGUGGACACGCCAUUCAGAGCUCUUUGGGAGUCCUCCGAGCACUCAGAGAUCUGGGAGUACGCUACCUCACCCUUACCCACACCUGCAGCACGCCCUGGGCGGAGUGUGCCAGAGCCCACGAGACAGACCUGGAGGACCCUGACUCUCCCCGUGGACUUACACACUUCGGCAAGACAGUGGUGAGGGAGAUGAACCGGUUGGGCUUGAUGGUGGACCUGUCUCAUGUGUCUCAGGCAACGAUGAAGGCAGCACUGGAGGUCUCAAGGGCGCCUGUUAUCUUUAGUCACUCCUCUGUCUACGCUAUCUGCAAGAACCCCAGGAACGUCCCUGACGACAUCCUCAGGAAGCUGGCCAUGAACGGAGGUGUGGUGAUGGUGAGCUUCUACAACCACUUCCUCACCUGCAGCGAGACGGCCACCGUGAAGGACGUGGUGGCUCACAUCAACCACGUGCGGACCGUCGCCGGGGCGCAUCAUGUGGGUAUCGGCGCUGACUUCGACGGUGUCAACAAACUACCGGAGGGUCUGGAGGACGUGUCCCGCUACCCCUACCUCUUCGCCGAGCUCCUGGCUGACCCCUCCUGGUCCCUGGAAGACCUCAGGAACCUCGCAGGACACAACCUCCUCAGGGUCAUGAGGGAUGUCGAGAAGGUGAGCCAUGUUUUGGUAACGUGUGUGAGCUGUGUUGUGGUGAGCUGA